GUCGAGGCAAUUCCACCGACGAUCUUGAAACCGAUGACAAGACCCAUAUGGAAAUAUACCAGUCCCGGUGAACUCGCCACUAGCGGAAUCUACUCACAGGCCGAUCUUGAAGAAUUUAAAGAUCAUAUUUUAUUCCCUGCCGAGCGACCUUCUGUCCUUAACACAUUAGCAAGAGGAAUGAUGGGACAAGCUACCACUAUACACGGGGGAUCCUUCAUGAAUUUGCUGGACGAAGCAGCUCUAGAAAAAUUAGCAACCUCAACAUGGGACAGGAUAUGGGGGAAAUUUCUUAUUUUCGGCAAUAUUAGUGCCGGGUUACUUGGCAUCGUAAUCAUCAUCAGGAUGAUUAAACUCAUAUUAGACACUAUCCUGCAUGGUGUCGCCUUACAUUCUGUUUUUGGUUGUUCCUUAUACUUAAUAGGAGCCCUUUGGGACUCCCUUACCCAACUAUUAUUACACUUCGGUGGGAAGAGCAAAACUGGAGACAACCACCCUAUGGGAACACAGGAAGUCAAAAGUUUGAAAAACCUCAGCAACGAUCCCUCACCUAUAAUUACUGCGCCAUCUUGUCCACCCAACGUCAUUGAAUACCAACAACUUCGAUCUACCUUCCCUCAAGAAGACAGCAACUCAUACUCUUUAAGCCUCACGGCGUAAUGUACAAUAAUUAAUCCUUCACUCACUCCGUUUGCUCUUAUUACAGGAAUGGCCAUAUCUUAUAUCAAUACUCACUUGCUGACACGGGGCCAACUACCUGUAUACAUCACACGGGUAGAAUCCCCUACCCUUUUUUGGGUCCAACUAGAAUAUACUAGAACCAGGCUUACGGAACUACAAGAAGAUCUGAACUGCCUGAUGGAGAGAAGGAGAAAACGAUACACCUUGUUUCCCCACGCCGUCCACUUGAAACAGGCAGUAGCGGUAAAAAACAAAGGUAAUUGGUACAGAGGAGAGGUCACGGCCAUCCAUGCGAACUCCGUGACAGUACAUUUGGGUGAUUGGGGCCGAAACACGAAGAAGGCAAUGUGGGAAGUAUACAGGCUGCCUAAACACCUCUGCGAAGAUUCGUGGUACGCUAUAGCCUGUGGGUUGUGUGGAGUUGAACCCACAGAUCCCGGCUCCACAUGGGGAGAUAAAGCGCGAUCCCUAACAAGAGCUUUAAUUGAAGACGAAAAGGGAUCGAUGAAAAUUAAAAGGACUACCGCAGUUCGAGCCGCAGAAAUCGACCUACGGAUUCAUUAUAAAAACCAGUUGGGAUCCGUCAUCCUGAGAGAGGAAUUAGUACGGCUGGGACAAGCACAGUUAACCACCGAUACAAAUCAACACCCGCACCCGUUUACGCGAUAAGUAUACUUAUUAUUAUUCUAAUUAAUAGGGAAAACGCAAAUAACAAUGCGCGAUAUACCUUCACUCACGGGUACAUAAGUGCACAUAUGCGCCUUUUAUUUUCGCCUAUAUAUAUAUAUGUUUAUAAACUCCUAGACUUAUAAAUAAUCACUUAUAUCUACAUACGCAUAUGUAUCUCUAUGCGUUCUUUCUUUUUC